AUGGCAGAUUAUAAGUUGCAGAUGAUAGAACAAAAUGAUGUUUACUUUGAACAUCACCCAUUCAUAAACUGGCCGUGGGGCAGAUACAUCCUCCCAUUUUUCAAGUUGCUGGCUUAUCCCUUCUGUUUCUGCGUGGCUGUUCUCCUCGUGAUUAUGGUGCGAGAGUAUUGGACGAACUACUGGCGGCGUCGUCGACAGGACUAA